UUUUAUUUUAUUUAAAUACUAUUCUUAACAAGCCUCAACAAAAGCCAAAAUUAUCGUUAGUGAAUUUAUGUUUAGCUUUUAAUACUUCUACACACCGGUGGAUCUGAAGAGGGCUUUAGUGCCGGAAAACAAAAUGGCUAGCCAAAAGAAUCGGGUCCUUACUUGCCGAUGCAGAACAUGUCAUGGCCCCAAUCGGUCGUUUCCGGCGACAAACAGCGCUCCUUGGGGUUCCCCGAGAGGGAAUCAACAAUUACACAGUCCACAACCUGGCAUUCGGAUACCAGUAAGUGGGUCUUAAGCAACUUUAUGCUAAACGCCUGGCGUCAGAGGCGAGAAGAGGUACGAGAUCUGCAGCAGGUGGUCCAGGGUCUUCAGAAUAGCACCAUGAAGACUAACAACGAACUGCAUGUUUUGAACACGGUAAUGCGAGUGGAGAAAAAACGAAACACCGAACUCCAAAUGCAGUUGAAGGAGUCUCACAUGAGUAUCACCAAAGUCCGAACCUCCUGCGAUUCUCUGACCAGUUCGCUUCAAAGCCUUACAGCUGAAAAAGAUGAGCUGUGUAAGGAACUAACAAAUCCAGGCAGGAGGUAAGCUUGAGAACUAAAAGAUCUUGAAGAGAUUUCCGGCCAAACCAAAAAGGAACUUUUUGGAGCCCUGGCGGAGCAGCGCAAUCUGCAAAAACAAUUGUCCGAUGAGCAGCGAUCAAGACAUGAACUGCAGCUGGAUAACGAAGAACUUCUCAAAAGGAUCAUUAUGGCCGACUGCAAGGAAUCCCAGUACAAAAAGGCCAAGGAGGAGGCCCAAAAGGAACUGGCUGAAAGGGAUGAAAAAAUCCAAACUCUAAAGGCAGCACUCGAGGAGAAGCAACGGAAUGGCACAGAGCAAGCCGCCGAGCUGGAACGCAUUAGGGCCCAGAUCACGGAACUUUGCCAAAGGAACACCAGGUCCAACUUUUUGUGUUUCUGUUCGGAAUCCAUCAGUCGAUUGAGUCUGACUCCUCGGUCAAACCAGGAAGUGUCAAUCAUUCAAAGAUAUGGUGUCAUCUAUCCACUAUGGCAAAAGUUUCACAUGUUUUCCAGCAAUCUAAUUUACCUGAUUUUAAAUUUCCUUCGCCCUAAUGUCAAUACAAGAGGUAGUCCUUCCCUGGUGAUUUCGAAGCUGAAAUUACCAUAAAGUAUUGACUGCUGAUUUUAAAAUCGCCAAAUGACCGAAAGGAAAACAAUGAAUAAAAUACCCAAAUGGGGUUUUAGGCGUCACCAAACACCCGGAGCGAAUGUAAUGGAUAGAAAUGAAGUUAACUUUGAUUUUAAAACAUGGAUACAAUUUGUAACAUUGUUGAAAUUUUUGAAAAGUGCAAACCCGUUUAGAAUCUAGAAAACUAUUGGAAUUGACAAAAGAAAAUAAUAUAUGGAAAUUUUUACAUAUAA